AUGCACUCACCUCCUAGAGAACAGGCUGCCAUCAUGCUCUGGAAACUGGUUGAAAACGUCAAGUACGAAGACAUCUAUGAGGACCGGCAUGAUGGAGUCCCCAGCCACAGUUCUAGGCUGUCCCAGUUGGGUUCAGUGUCCCAGGGACCCUAUUCAAGCGCCCCUCCGUUGUCUCACACUCCGUCCUCGGAUUUCCAGCCGCCCUAUUUCCCACCCCCCUACCAGCCGCUUCCCUAUCACCAGAGCCAGGACCCUUACUCCCACGUUAAUGAUCCCUACUCCCUGAAUCCCUUGCACCAACCCCAGCAGCAUCCUUGGGGCCAGAGGCAGAGGCAAGAAGUGGGGUCAGAAGCCGGCUCUCUCCUGCCACAGCCUCGGGCCGCCUUGCCUCAGCUCUCGGGACUCGACCCUAGAAGGGACUACCACUCAGUCAGGCGGCCUGAUGUGCUGUUACACUCGGCCCACCACGGACUGGACUCCGGCAUGGGGGACAGUCUCUCCUUGCAUGGCAUCGGACACCCUGGAAUGGAAGACGUUCAGUCAGUUGAAGAUGCCAAUAACAGCGGCAUGAAUCUAUUGGACCAGUCUGUCAUUAAAAAAGUUCCAGUUCCUCCCAAAUCUGUGACUUCUCUGAUGAUGAAUAAAGAUGGCUUCCUGGGAGGGAUGUCGGUUAAUACAGGAGAAGUGUUUUGUUCUGUUCCUGGUCGUUUGUCCCUCCUCAGUUCAACCUCAAAGUACAAAGUGACUGUGGGGGAAGUUCAAAGACGACUCUCCCCUCCUGAAUGCCUGAACGCUUCUCUCCUUGGCGGAGUCCUGCGAAGAGCCAAAUCGAAAAAUGGGGGGAGAUCUUUGCGAGAAAGGCUAGAAAAAAUCGGUUUGAAUUUACCCGCGGGCAGGCGCAAAGCCGCAAAUGUCACUUUACUCACCUCCCUGGUGGAAGGAGAAGCUGUUCAUUUAGCUCGGGAUUUUGGGUAUAUUUGCGAAACUGAAUUUCCCGCCAAAGCUGUUUCGGAAUAUCUAAAUCGGCAGCACACCGAUCCCAGUGAUCUGCACUCCCGAAAGAAUAUGCUCCUGGCUACAAAGCAACUGUGUAAAGAAUUUACAGACCUACUCGCCCAGGACAGGACACCUAUUGGAAACAGUAGGCCCAGCCCCAUUUUGGAACCCGGGAUUCAGAGCUGCUUGACCCACUUCAGCCUCAUCACCCACGGCUUUGGGGCUCCAGCUAUCUGCGCUGCCCUCACAGCACUGCAGAACUACCUGACAGAGGCUCUCAAAGGCAUGGACAAGAUGUUUUUGAACAACAGCACCACUAACAGGCACACAUCUGGGGAAGGACCAGGUAGUAAAACUGGAGACAAGGAGGAAAAACACAGAAAAUGAUUUUUUUAAAGGAAAAGGGAAAAAUCUUUUAAAUAAAAAAAGAAAAAAGAAACAUUUUAAUUUUAGCUUUAAAAUAUUGGAUUGGCUUUGGAAGAAUUAGGUAGAGCACACACACACAAACAAAAGUU